CCUCAUACAAAGAAAAAGAAAGAGUUAGCAACAAAAAAAAAACAAUAAUUAUGUCUAUGUUCCUAGGUUUGCUCUUCCUCUUCCCUCUCUUUUUCAUCCUAUUUAAAAACCUUUUACCUCCGAGAAAGAAGCUUCCUCCGGGACCAACGGGUCUUCCGCUAAUAGGAAACUUGCACCAGCUUGGAAGAUUGCUUCACAGUUCUCUUCACAAGCUCUCUUUAGAACAUGGACCAGUGAUGCUUGUCCGUUGGGGGGUCGUCCCUAUGGCCGUGUUCUCUUCCAACGAAGCAGCUAAAGAAGUUCUCAAGACUCAUGACUUAGAGACUUGUAACCGUCCUAAGCUGGUCGCCAACGGGUUGUUUACUCACGGCUAUAAAGACAUUGGUUUCACUCAGUAUGGUGAGGAAUGGCGAGAGAUGAAAAAGUUCGUGGGGCUUGAGCUCUUUAGUCCAAAAAAACAUAAGUCUUUCAGGUAUAUCAGAGAGGAAGAAGGUGACUUGUUGGUCAAGAAAAUAUCAAAUUAUGCUCAAACACAAACCUUGGUGGAUUUGAGAAAAUCCUUGUUCUCCUACACCGCCAGUAUCAUAUUUAGAGAAGCCUUUGGACAGAACUUCCGCGAGUGCGAUUACAUCAAUAUGGACAAACUUGAAGAGCUGGUGCAAGAGACAGAAACCAACGUAUGCAGCUUGGCAUUCACUGACUUCUUCCCCAGAGGUCUCGGGUGGCUUGUAGACCGGAUCUCCGGUCAGCAUUCGAGGAUGAACAUAGCCUUUUCCAAACUCACCACUUUCUUUGAAGAUGUGAUCGAUGAGCUUUUGAAGACUAAACAACUUGAUGAUCACUCAGACCUCGUCACUGCCAUGUUGGAUGUGAUCAAUAGACCCAGAAAAUUCGGUUCUUUAAAGAUCACUUACGAUCAUCUCAUAGCAAUGAUGUCGGAUGUGGUUUUGGCGGGAGUAAACGCUGGAACAGUAACAAUGAUAUGGACGAUGACAGAGCUUACAAGACAUCCUAGAGUGAUGAAGAAACUUCAAGAAGAAAUUCGAGCAACACUCGGACCAAACAAAGAGAGAAUCACAGAAGAAGAUCUAGAGAAAGUUGAGUACUUGAAUCUGGUGAUCAAAGAAUCAUUCAGACUACAUCCACCAGCUCCUCUCUUGCUCCCAAGAGAAACAAUGUCCGACAUCGAGAUUCAAGGCUACCACAUUCCCAAGAACGCCCAUGUAAAGAUCAACACUUAUGCGAUAGGACGUGAUCCUAAACGUUGGACUAACCCUGAAGAAUUCAAUCCUGAGAGGUUUUUGAAUACCUCAAUCAACUACAAGGGUCAGCAUUACGAGCUCUUGCCCUUUGGAGCCGGUCGUAGGAACUGUCCAGGUAUGACCUUGGGAAUCACCAUUCUUGAGCUAGGUCUUCUUAACAUUCUCUACUACUUCGAUUGGAGUUUACCCAGUGGAAUGACCAUUAAAGACAUUGACAUGGAAGAAGACGGCGCUUUGAACAUCGCCAAGAAAGUCCCUCUGCAGCUCGUACCAACUCUUCCAUAAUCACUCGUGAAUAAUAGUAUUAAAUAAGAUGAUCAAGAUUUGUAUGUUUGCCUCUAUCAUACUACAUUUGGUUUUUCUUUCCUUUUUUUCGUGUUGCCAUAUUAAUAUAUAUCCAUGUUUUAU